UCUAUUUGUGGCAGCUUAGGGCACUAAUGCUCUACAAACUAAAUUGUGUAUUAACUGGAGAACCAGGUUUAUCCAUUUCUAAAUUAAAUGACAACAUUCGAAGAAGCUUAUGAACUUACCGGGUACGGUAAAUACAAUAUCCUAGCCUUGUUCACCAACGGGUUCAUCCUUCUCUACGCGACCGUAGAAUGUCUGAGCUUGGGCUAUGUGCUGAACACGGCCGACUGCGACCUGAAAAUCACUAUCGGACAACGGGGCGCGAUCUCGGCUGCGACUUUUAUAGGCGUGGUGGUGCCGGCCAUGUUUUGGGGGUACGUCGGUGACAAGUACGGGCGGCGCACUACUAUGCUGCCCGCGACUGUGCUAGCCGUCAUAUUCUCAAUUGGCUCAUCUUUGUCUACGAACUUCUUGUCCAUGUUCUUGCUGCGAAUGAUCACCGGUACUAUGGUUUCAGCAUCAUGUGCUACUGCGUACGUGUACCUGGGGGAACUGAAUCCCCCCUCUAGAAGUGCCGCGGCCAUAGCGUGGGGCUCUGCCUUCAUCGCGGGAGCUUACUUUGUCAUGCCCUUAUUCGCCUGGAUGCUGUUGCCGCUGAAGUUCUCUUUUGGUAGCGGGGGACUCAGAAUCGUGCCAUGGCGUGUCCUGAUGUGGGCAUCCACGAUCUGGGGCAUACUGGCCUGUGUGGGCAUGGCUCUCCUACCCGAGAGUCCCGCGUACGUGCUGGGCACGAAGGGCGGCCCGGAAGCCUUAGCCGUGCUGGCUAAAUUCUACUCGUGGAACCAGAAGAAACCACCCGCUGAAUACCCGAUCACGGAAAUAGUUUCCCCUCCUAUUCAUAGUCCGAAAUUAAAAGAAUCCUUAGCGCGGAUCAAGUACAUGAUAAAGCCACCCUUGCUGAGAUGUGUACUUAUUAGUCAUAUCUGUAAUUUCAUGGUUUUUAUGCAGAGCAAUGCUUUUUAUGUUUGGCUGCCCCACAUCGUGGACGAACUCUUGAAGCACGGCCCCAGCAGGCCUGGCGCCAGCUUGUGUCGGAUCAUGAACGAUAUACACAGCGCUGUCAAUAAAAACAAACUGUGUGUUGACGUCCGCGGCGGCCCGCCAGUGUUCCCGGCCCUACGAGGUUUCAUUCCAUUGGUAAUGGACGAGUGUAUCCCGGUUUCGAUGGAAAAGGCCAUGUAUCCGAUAGCCAUAGUCGUCGGGGCUAUCACGGCCAACAUAUACGCCGGCAUCGGUUUUGGGAUGAGGAGAGGCUGGGCAAAGGCUAAAAUGUACUGUAUGAUAAUGGGCACCUGCGCCUUGUUCAUCGUGGCGGCGGCGUUGGUACCAAACUACAUCGCGGGCAUCAUCCUGUUCGUGCCUGGCGUGUGCGGGAUCGCUUCCAAUACCGUGCUGGCUGCCGCUGUUAUAGAUGUCAUUCCAACGUGCUUGAGAGCCCUGUCGAUGUGUACCCUCUUCAUGAUAGGGCGCCUGGGCGCAGCCGUGGGGUCUCACACGCUGGCGUGGGGCCUCGAGCACAACUGUGUCGUUAUAGUGCUGCUCAUCACCGUACUCACUACUGUGACGGGGUCCCUGUUGUUCCUGUGGCCCGACACCCAAAAGACACGGGAAGAGAUGAAGGCUCAAAAUUUCAACUACUGA